GGACAAUUAUGUUAGCUGCCCUGAUCCUGUUCGACAAAAUGCACAAUUGAUACUCCGUACCGAACUUCGGAAAAAUGGGAAGACUUUCUGAGUUUCUGGGUGUAUAGUCCCACUCUUACCUCUCUGGUUUCUUGGAGAAUCGGUAUAUAGGCUGCGCCAUGGAUACUGCUAAUGUAUACAUAGUGUAUUAUUCUCUGUAUGGGCAUGUGGAUAUCAUGGCAAGAGAAAUUCAGAAGGGAGCCAAUUCAGUUGAUGGUGUCAAAGCAACCCUUUGGCAGGUCCCGGAGACACUUCCCAGCCUGGUUCUUGAGAAGAUGAAGAGCCCUCCAAAACCUGAUGAUGUUCCAACGAUAACACCUGAACAGCUUUUGGAGGCAGAUGGUUUCCUAUUUGGCAGCCCCUCCCGGUUCGGGAUGAUGGCUGCACAGAUGAAGGCAUUCUUUGAUGCCAAACAUCAGUUAUGGGCCACACAAGCUCUCGCUAGUAAGCCCGCUGGAAUCUUCUGGAGCACCGGCUUCCAUGGUGGCGGCCAAGAACUCACUGCAUUAACAGCAGUAACACAGUUAGCACAUCAUGGGAUGAUCUUUGUCCCUUUGGGAUAUACAUUUGGGAAAGGAAUGUUUGAGAUGGAUGAGGUAAAAGGUGGAUCUUCAUAUGGAGCUGGAACUUACGCUGCAGACGGUUCUCGUCAGCCCACCGAACUGGAACUGCAACAUGCAUUUUAUCAGGGCAAGUAUAUUGCUGAAAUCACCAAGAAGCUCAAAGUCUAGUGACCAAAGCUUUUGAUAGCUCUACUGCCCAAAUGUGGGCUGCUCUGAUUUCUUAUGAUGCACAGAUGACAAAUCUGUUUGGUCCAUUAGUAAUAACUUUUGAUAUAUUUGUAUUUGACUUUCAUUCAACUGCAAUCAUCACAUUUGUAAUUACUACAUUCAUUAUUCAUGAGUCCAUUUGAUUUGAAGUAUAGAAAAGAAAAUUCAUUUAUGGAU